AUGGCUCCCCUGCGAAUCGCGAUCGUGGGUGCAGGCCCGGUCGGUCUCACACUCGCCCGCCUCCUUCUCAACAAGCCGAAUAUUGAAGUCACUGUUUUCGAGUCAGAAACAUCGCGGGACUCCCGUGGGCAAGGCGGGAGCCUUGAUCUGCAUACAACCACAGGUCUUGCAGCAGUCAAAGAAGCAGGCUUAUACGAUGAAUUCCUCAAGAACGCUCGCUUUGACGGCGAAGCCUUAGUACUUCGUGACAAGCAUCUUACCAAGUAUAUCAGUUUUGGUGGCACAUUGCUUCGUGAAAUGCUUCUCGACUCCGUCCUGCCGGAGAUCAUUCGAUGGGGUUACCACCUGCAAUCUAUCGAUGAAAACUACAACUUGAUCUUCGAUCAAAAUAUGAAAGGUGGCUUCAACCUGAUUGUGGGUUCUGAGGGUGCUUGGAGCAAGACUCGCAAGCUGCUGUCGGAUCAAAUGCCAAAUUACGCUGGAAUCACUGGAAUCAGAUUCACCAUUUCCAAAGCCAAAGAGACGGCGCCGGAGUGUUACAAUCUCACUAAUCGCGGCUCUGUGCUCUCUUAUUUUAAUGAGGGCUGGAUGGACAACCUACCAUUCGACCUUGACAAUACUGAAGCCGUCAAAAAGGCUAUCCGAGAGAUAUACAAGGGUUGGCAUCCCGACCUUCUUAACUGUGUCGGCCACAGCCAGAGCCCAUUGUCUCGUCGACUAUAUAUGCUUCCUGUCGGUUGGAGCUGGAAAAAUCGACCCGGCUUCACCUUGAUCGGUGAUUCAGCUCACAUCAUGACACUUUUUGCUGGCGAGGGUGUCAAUCUGGGCAUAAUGGAUGCGCUGAUGCUGUCUCGGGCCAUUAUCAAGAUAUCCAAGUCGUCAAACCGGAGUGAAAGUCUCAUGGCAGAAAUCAAAACGGUUGAGAAGGGCAUGUUCAUGCGGGCUGAGCGAACAGCAACAUUGACGAACGAUAUGAUGACGUGGCUGUUCUUCACCGAAAAUGCGCCUCGAUCGAUUAUUGAGAAACUUGCCGCGCGCCAGAUGACUUUCCACAAUCGUUCGCUCCUUAUGCGGGCUUCUCAUCCACUCGUGGUUGCAUCUGUUCACACACAUUUCUUUUGGUUUAAGGCGUUCCACUGA